AUGGAGGCCUUCUAUCCCCAGCUCACCCCACAGGAGCUGCAGCGGCAGAUGUCGCAACAGUCUCAGCAGCGUCAGAUGCAACAACCAGGCCAGCCCGGCGGUCAUGGCUUCCGGCAGAUGAGCCAGGGUCAUGGCAUGAACAUGAUGAACGGCGGAGACUCUUUGGACGAUAUCAUUCAAUCUAACCACCACGAACUUCAACGUCGUCGGAGCAUACACCAGUCGCACCAACCUUUUAUUCCCCAAAACCAAUCCGGGCAAAACGACGGUGGCGCAGGCAGAAGAAUGUCUAUGAUGGAGUUUGGUGCAGGUGAUAACCAGCUCGCCAAUUACCCUUUCCAAAAUCCGACCAUGGCUGGCGAAUUUGCCAAUAUGGCUGGCCGAAUGGCAAAUGGCAUGGAUCAUGGUAUGGAUAAUGGCAUGGCAAGCAAUGUUGGAGCUCUGGGCAACAGUGUACCUGGCAGCAUCUCAAUACCCGGUCCGAUGGAUGGAUUCUCCGGCCAGGAUGGACUCCAGAUGUCCCCUACAAAUGCCUUCACCUCAUUCUCGCCGGAUAUGAUGGAUUCAAUAAUACCGCCCAACUCCUUUAACAUGCAGGUUCCUGCGAUGCCUACAACCACGAGUAUGGGCAUGUACUCACAGACGUCGAUGGCUAAUGCCUUUUCAAACCCUCUUACUACAGAGACUUCCGAUAUCCCGAUGGAAAUGGCGGGAUCUGACACGCCAAUCACGGCACCACAAAGCACCCUUGGUACACCGCUAGAUAUUGGGACUGGCGACAACGACGCCAUGGCUAUGGGCCAGCAAUUUCAGUCACAGGCGGACAGCAACGCCCGCGCGAACCCACAAGCUGUGAACUUUGGACCUAGUCCUACGGGUGCCGCACAGACAACACCAUCUUCCAUUUCACGGGAAAUGUCAACCCAUUCGACCAACAACUCUUCUCAGUCCCCUAACAAUAGAUCCUCAUCCAUGUCGACGGGCCAAGCUGCUACUUCCCAACAAACCACAACAACCACACCUGCCAUGGGGCCUCUUACACCUCGGGCAGAGGCCAAGGAGAAGAACGUCUACUCCAAGAGCGGUUUCGACAUGCUGCGAGCGCUUUGGUAUGUUGCGACACGGAAAAGCCCCGAGAUUCACCUCGGCGCCGUGGACAUGUCUUGUGCUUUUGUUGUCUGCGAUGUUUCACUAAAUGACUGCCCUAUUAUCUAUGUAUCCGACAAUUUCCAAAACCUGACGGGGUAUAGCCGCCAUGAAAUUGUCGGUCAAAAUUGCCGCUUUUUACAGGCUCCUGACGGCAAGGUCGAGGCUGGCUCCAAACGUGAGUUUGUCGAUGACGCCUCUGUCUAUAACUUGAAGAAAAAGAUUGCGGAGGGACGCGAGGUACAGCAAAGCUUGAUCAACUACCGCAAAGGCGGGAAGCCGUUCCUUAACCUUUUAACCAUGAUACCGAUUCCAUGGGACGAUCCCAACGAAAUACGAUUCUUCGUCGGUUUCCAGAUCGACCUCGUAGAAUGCCCGGAUGCCAUCGCUCAAGGUCAGGAUACCGGCGGUGUCAAGGUUAACUACAAACACAGCGAUAUCGGUCAAUACAUCUGGACACCGCCUACGGCGAACGCUGUCGAGCCCGAGAAUGGGCAGACGCUCGGGGUCGACGACGUAUCGACUCUGUUACAACAAUUCAGCCCCAAGGGCGCUGUGUCCGAUUGGCACAAGCAGUCGUGGGACAAGAUGCUCCUAGAGAACACGGACGAUGUGGUUCACGUUCUCUCUUUGAAAGGACUCUUUCUAUAUCUAUCUCCGUCCAGCAAACGAGUUUUGGAGUAUGACGCUACAGAGCUGGUUGGUAAUUCCUUAUCUACUGUCUGCCAUCCCUCCGACAUUGUCCCCGUUACACGAGAGCUCAAGGAUGCCACCGCUGGCAAUUCCGUCAACAUUGUUUUUCGCAUUAGGCGGAAGCAGAGUGGUUACACUUGGUUUGAGAGCCACGGUUCGCUCUUCUUCGAACAUGGCAAGGGAAGGAAAUGCAUCAUCUUGGUAGGAAGGAAACGACCCGUCUUCGCAUUGAGCCGACGAGACCUGGAGGCCCAUGGCGGCAUUGGUGACAGCGAGUUAUGGACCAAGAUUUCCGUGUCUGGCAUGUUUUUGUUUGUGUCAUCCAACAUUCGGUCCCUACUUGACCUUCAGCCAGACAGCUUGGUAGGCACAAGCAUGCAGGAGCUCAUGCGCCGGGAGAGCCGUGCUGAGUUUGGUCGCGCCAUUGAAAAGGCCAGAAGGGGUAAGAUUGUUACUUGCAAGCACGAAGUUCACAAUAGAAGGGGACAGGUCUUGCAGGCGCAGACAACACUGUAUCCCGGAGACGCAUCGGAAGGCCAAAAACCAACGUUUUUGUUGGCGCAAACAAAACUCUUGAAAGCUUCCUCGAGGGCGAUCGCACCGGCAGCCACGCCCCCGGGAAGUGUCAAAUCGGCCUCCCACGCGCAAGCCACGCAGCCGACCAUAUCUACGGACUUGCAAAAGACUGGUCCAAUAUCCACCUCGGGCAGCAACACUGUCCCGGGCAACCAGGAUGCGGCGCUGGCAGCAGAUGACAACAUUUUCAACGAGCUGAGGACAACCAAGUGCUCUAGUUGGCAAUUUGAGUUGCGACAGAUGGAGAAGGUCAACAGGAUUCUUGCAGAAGAACUCGGGGGCCUAUUAUCGAACAAGAAGAAAAGAAAACGAAGAAAGGGUGUCGGUAAUGUCGUACGUGACUGUGCGAACUGCCACACCCGCAACACGCCCGAAUGGCGGCGGGGACCAAGCGGCCAACGAGAUCUGUGUAACAGUUGCGGUCUACGCUGGGCAAAGCAGGUUGGUCGUGUUUCUCCACGCAAUUCCUCCCGAGGAGGCGCAAACACCAAUGUCGACGCACUGAGCAAGAAGUCGAACUCUCCAAUACAUUCAUCUCAAUUGCAGAACGAGGUAAAGGCUAGUAGCAGUACGCCUGCUCGACAUAACGAUGGUUCCUCCGGCAACAUCACGCCUGCGACGACUGUAUCCAAAUCCCACAGCACGAUGCCUCCUCCAAGUCAGCCGCUUUUAACAGGCGCUAGCGGAGGCGGAAUGACACUGAUACGGGAGUAG